CGCAAUCACCCGUUGAAUCAUACGCAUCGUGUCCCAGUGUUGAGUGAAUUUUUCCGUCGAAAUGGCACCCAAAACCAGUGGAAAAGCUGCGAAGAAGUCUGGCAAGGCCCAGAAAAAUAUUUCCAAGUCCGACAAGAAAAAGAAGCGCAAGACCCGCAAGGAAAGCUACGCUAUUUACAUCUACAAAGUGUUGAAGCAAGUCCACCCGGAUACUGGCAUCUCUUCGAAGGCCAUGAGCAUCAUGAACAGUUUCGUCAACGAUAUCUUCGAACGCAUUGCUGCUGAGGCAUCCCGCUUGGCGCACUACAACAAGCGUUCGACGAUCACGUCCCGCGAAAUCCAAACCGCUGUUCGUCUGCUGCUGCCUGGUGAGCUUGCCAAGCACGCCGUCUCCGAAGGAACGAAGGCUGUCACAAAGUACACCAGCUCGAAGUAAGCCACUGAAAUGAUUGGCUUCGUGCUCUCAAAUCGGUCCUUUUCAGGACCACAAACCGCCUUCAAACAAAGAAUUAUCCUUCGUUUCAUCUGCACCAGCGAAUUAGCGCUUUAAUUUCAGGGUGUCCGUCUUCGUCAACGUUAUUGUUCAGUUUGUUGCGUUUGCCUGUACUAAAUGGCAUUAGUGCAGGUAAACGCAGCCAUAUCCUAAGUUUGUUUGCGAACUUUGUAUUGGAAACAAUGAUGCUGUGAUUGACAUUAAAGUUCUGCGUUGUUCAUUGUAAAUAUUAAUGUUAAAUAGAACCUUAGCACGUUUAAAAAAAAAAACAUUAAAAAAAAGUCCGCACUGGUUGGAAGCGUUUUGCGAGGUGAAAUUGAAAAUGGAGUUUCGUGUAUCAUGAAUUAUGAAUAGAAGUCGUUUCGCUCGUUGUAUGACAAUCAUUUUUUUAAAUUAAAUUUUCCUCGCGCAUACGAGGAUAAUUUAUCGACAAAGCAACCAAUAGCAGCUUAUGUGUCGUGAGUCAAAUGUUGUAAUAGAUUUGUUCGAUUUUAAUCUUGCUUAUAAGGAUUGAAGGGUCGUCUUCUUAAGCGUUUGAAUUAAAGUGUGUAUAAGCAUCAGUUAAGCUGUUUGUGUCGAUCAUUUGUUGUAAAAUAUAUAGUCAUACUAUUCGUUCGUGGUUUGUCGUUAGCUGCGAUGUUGGUAAUAUAGUCAUAGGUAAUAUAGAUGGUAAUAAAGUAUUGAUCAAUAUAGUCAAAAUCCUCAGAUGCCCUAUUAAAAAGCGAAACUUUGACAAGAAAAA